UCGGCAGAAGGCGCGGGGCUGGUGGGCGCCUCGGACUCCGCACGGCGCCGUGCCCUCCUCCUCCAAUCCGCGGCCAAGUCCCCAGGGGGAAGGACUCACGCCCACGCCACCUCCCUCCUGUUUCUGCGGGCCGCGGGCUUCGGCGGCUCGAUGCGGCAGGCGCCGCGGAGGCAGCAGUCGGCUGGAGCGAGCGGCGCGGGCAGGCGGAGAGCAGCGGGCCGGGCCAGGAGCCCAGCGCGCCUGGGCGGUCAUCGCGCCUGGGCCUCGGCGGCCCUUGCAAGUGAAGAAGCAGUGCAGUUCCUGGUCUUGGAUAAUUUCUAGAAGAGAAGCCCCAGCCAUUUAGCAGACAGCAUCCUGGUCCGUCCUUACCGUAUUCUUCACCUUCAGGAGCCAGGGCCUUUGGGAAAGAGAUUCCUCCAAGUGCAGAAAGGAUUGUAUCCAUGUUUUUGCCUGUCUACAAAUGUGCAAAGAAUGAUACUGUUAAUUCAAUACAGAAACAAGCAAGUACUUGGCUUACUACACCAUGCUGAGGUUGAAAAAUUAAAUCAGUGCAUCUAGAAGUAUGUAAAAAUUGAUGGUGGGCCAGCCAUGAGAGGGUACCUCGUGGCCAUAUUUCUGAGUGCUGUCUUCCUCUAUUAUGUGCUGCAUUGUAUAUUAUGGGGAACAAAUGCCAACUGGGUUCCACCUGUGGAGAUGAAGCGGAGAAAUAAGAUCCAGCCUUGUUUAUCAAAGCCAGCUUUUGCCUCCCUCCUGAGGUUUCGUCAGUUUCACCCUUUUCUGUGUGCAGCUGAUUUUAAAAAGAUUGCUUCCUUGUAUGGUAGUGAUAAAUUUGAUUUGCCCUAUGGGAUAAGAACAACAGCGGAAUAUUUUCGACUUGCUCUUUCAAAACUGCAGAGUUGUGAUCUCUUUGAUGAGUUUGACAACGUGCCAUGUAAAAAGUGUGUGGUGGUUGGAAAUGGAGGAGUUUUGAAGAAUAAGACAUUAGGAGAAAAAAUCGACUCCUAUGAUGUAAUAAUAAGAAUGAAUAAUGGUCCUGUUUUAGGACAUGAAGAGGAAGUUGGGAGAAGAACAACUUUCCGACUUUUUUAUCCAGAAUCUGUUUUUUCAGAUCCCAAUCACAAUGAUCCUAAUACUACAGCAAUUCUCACUGUUUUUAAGCCACUUGACUUAAAGUGGCUUUUGGAAUUGGUGACGGGUGGCAAAAUAGACACUAAUGGUUUUUGGAAGGAGCCAGCCUUAAACUUGAUUUAUAAACCUUACCAAAUCAGAGUAUUAGAUCCUUUCAUUAUCAGAACAGCAGCAUAUGAACUGCUUCAUUUUCCAAAAGUGUUUCCCAAAAAUCAGAAACCCAAACACCCAACGACGGGAAUCAUUGCCAUCACACUGGCAUUCCACAUAUGUCAUGAAGUUCACCUAGCUGGUUUUAAAUACAACUUUUCUGACCUCAAGAGUCCUUUGCACUACUAUGGGAAUGCCACCAUGUCUUUGAUGAAUAAGAAUGCGUAUCACAAUGUGACUGCAGAGCAGCUGUUUCUGAAGGACAUUAUAGAGAAGAACUUUGUAAUCAACUUGACUCAAGAUUGACACUAUAGACUCGGAAGAUGAUGCCAACAGUAUUAGUUUUAUUUUUAUACUGCAAUUUUUAGUUUAUUUUUAAAUGUUGGAUGCACUUAUCAAAUAAUUAUGUAUAUUAAGUCUGCUGCCUGGUGAUUCAUAACCACCGGCUUAAUUUCUGUGAAUAUAUUUAUGAAAACCAAGAAAUAUAUAGUUAUCAGGGAAAUAAGUUUUGACAAUGUUGUGUUUUUAAAAUAAGCUAGGUUUCUUAGGUGUUUUUAAACAUCUUUUUUUAUAAGUAAAACAUCAUAGACUUUUGGAGGGAUGUGACUUCCUAAUAAGAGGACUUUCUAGGCCACAACAAUUUUGAUUGACACUGUCAGACAUACAUUUGGCUACUAUAAACCUGGCUGGGGAAAUGGCAUGUGACUGUGCCUUGAUGUGGCAAAAGAGAAGCACUACUUGGGAAAUUUCAGUUCAUACUGGUUAAAUUAAACCCGUUUCCCCUGACAAUUAAACCAUGAUUGUGACGAGCAAAUCUGGUAGAAUGAG